AUGUAAAAGAGAUAAUCUCAUAACAAAAUUCCAUCAGAAGUCAUUCAUCCUAAUAAUUAUUACAUAAUUCCAAAUUCUCAUAGGUAAUAAAAAUGUUCUUAUAAAUUGAAGAUCAUCACAAACCUAAGUUGAAAAUUUAUAGAUGAAAAAAGUUGCUUCUACAAACAAUUUUGAUUAAUUUGAAAAGAUUUAUAAUGUUGAAAAACUCCAAAAUUAGCAUUAAUAAAAUAAUGCUUAUUAAUCUAAUUUGCAAUUUUAAUAAUCUAUUCAAUAUUCUGAGUAAAACAAUCAAUAUUUAAAUCGUUAACAUUAAUAGUUACUUUAGAAUAAUGUUGAUCUAUAAAGUCUUUAUAACAGAUCAGAGAUGGAAAAUAAAAAAUUAUAAAAUGAAUUAAAAUUAUUAUAAAAUAGAAUAUCAUUAAGAGAAAAUGAAUUAAAGUAGGCUUAAGAGAAUGGAGCUUAAUAUAUGAAAGAAAUUGCUUAAUUAAAAAUUUCAAUUCAAAAAGUAUUUUUUGUUAACUUAUAUACUAAAGCUUAAUUCUACAUUGACUAAAUUAAAUGAUGAAAAUGUUUAAUAUAAAGAUUAAUUGAAUGCAACAGAAACUUAGAGUUUUCUAUUGGAUAAAGGACUAUCUAGUAGAAGAGACCUGAAUUAAUAAAAUGAAUUCAAUUUAAGUGAGUCAAGAUAAUCUUAAAAUUCUCGAUAAAAUUCUUAAAUAAUUUCAAAUUUGUAAAUUAAUUCUUCUAUUACUAAUGAAAAUAUUUCGAAAUACUAAAAUUAAAUACUUCAAUAUUAAAAAGAGUUAACAGAAAAAAAUUAAUUGAUAGCAGAUUUGCAAUAAUAAGUUAAAAAUUUAACUGAAUUUUAACGACAAUUAAUGGCAAAAUCUCCAAAAAAAUAAUAAAAAUAACAUAAUAAAGGUCUUAGAACAUUAUUUUAAUCAAGCCCACGUUAAACACCAAUUUAAAAAGUUUAAAUAAGUAAUGAAAGUUAAAUAAUGAGUAAUAAAAAUCUUUUAAAUUUAAUUGAAGAAUAACAAAAACCUGAUUCUUAACUUCAUCGUACCAGAUAAUCAGAUGAAUUUGAAGUAAAAAAAUUAUUAUAAUCAGGCUGGACCAAGUAUAAAAUCAUCAAUAACCAAUUUAAAGAGCAAAUAAUAAUUACAAUAGAUUUAUAAGAAAAUCAAUUAGUCUACAAUAUAUACUGCAGGUUUGUAUUCUAGUUUGCUAGAUUAUUAAUAUCUAUCAAAUGUAAUUAAUUUUAUUUUUCAUAUUUUUAGAGUAAAUUAUUGAGUUUUUCAUGUUCUAAAGAAACCUUAUAACAUUGA